AGUGGAGACCGGAAAAAGUAGCAAGAGCUGUCAUGGCCGGGCAGUGCAUUUCGGUAACGCGUCUGCAGGGGGUUUCGCAGGAACAGUUCACGCAACACUUUUACCCGCAGAGAAAACCUCUAGUGUUGGAAGGACUUGACUUGGGGGCAUGUAUAAACAAAUGGACCGUGGAGUACCUACGCCAUGUUGGAGGAAGGAAAGAAGUGAAGAUCCACGUUGCUGCAGUGGCCCAGAUGGACUUCAUUAGUAAGAACUUUGUGUAUAGAACUUUACCUUUCGAUGAGCUGAUUCAGAGGGCAGCUGAAGACAAGCAUAAAGAAUACUUUAUUUCAGAGGAUGAGAAAUACUAUUUGCGAUCUCUUGGGGAAGACCCACGAAAGGAUGUUGCAGAUAUCAGAAAGCAAUUUCCUUUAUUGGAACAAGAUAUUAAAUUUCCCAAAUUCUUCAAAGAGGAACAGUUUUUUUCCAGUGUUUUUCGAAUUAGCUCACCAGGACUCCAACUAUGGACCCACUAUGAUGUAAUGGAUAAUUUCUUAAUACAAGUGACAGGAAAAAAGCGUGUUGUACUCUUCAGCCCACGUGACGCCCAGUACUUAUAUUUAUCUGGUAGUAAAUCAGAAGUACUGGAUAUAGAUAACCCAGACUUAACUAAAUAUCCAUUAUUUUCCAAGGCUCGAAGGUAUGAAUGUCUCCUCAAAGCUGGAGAUGUCUUAUUCAUUCCUGCUUUAUGGUUCCAUAAUGUAAUUUCUGAAGAGUUUGGAGUGGGAGUGAAUGUCUUUUGGAAGCACCUUCCUUCUGAAUGCUACGAUAAAACAGAUACCUAUGGAAACAAAGAUCCGACCGCAGCAUCAAAAGCUGCACAAAUUUUGGACAGAGCCUUAAGAACGUUGGCUGAGUUGCCAGAGGAAUACAGAGACUUUUAUGCUAGGCGAAUGGUCUUACACAUUCAAGACAAAGCGUACAGUAGAAACUUGGAGUAAAUGGAUAAUGGAGUCAGUGCUGUGAAUAUCAACUUUUCUGUAUAAUUUAGCUCGAAUGUUGCAGUAGCAUUAACAAAUUACCUUUUAAAGAGUGUUCAAUUUCAAGUUUACAAAUCAAGCAAAUAAAUAUGAAGGGCUAUUUGUAA